AGAGCGACGGGCAAUCAUCAGAUAGCGCGUGCGACGGAAUCAGCCGCCUUUUUGAUGAUAGUUUCCGCCGUCUCUCGUCUGUCCUGCAUCAGUUCUUGCUGCUAUCUAUCUCGUCAAACCACGGAUUUUUCUGCCCUAAAUGAACUCGCUUGAGCACGACCGGUAUGAGAGAGGGCAACGCAUUUUCUGGGGUAACUAUGUAAUGGUCUACUCUGGCUUCGACACGGUAACGAACGAGCAAGUCGCUAUCAAAUACAAUGAAGACGUCGACAGGGCUAUGCGAGAAGCCGACUGUUACAAACACAUCCAAGGUCUUGAAGGGUUCCCGGCUUGGAAGAGUGAUUGGCUUGACCUUAGAGGGAAGCACUAUGGAGGGCUUGCUAUUGGGCUCUUGGGCCCCUCUUUGACCACACUGGUUAAAGAGGCGGAGGGAAAGAAACUCAGUCUGAAGACCACUCUCCAGGCAGCUGAUCAGAUCAUCACCCGGAUCGAAGCUCUACACCAAACAGGUCUCGUCCAUCGCGACGUCAGGCCAGAAAACUUUUGCAUCGGCUUUAAAGAAAGCGGAAAAGAUGGGACGGUAUACAUGAUUGACUUUGACAAAUCAAAGGGGUAUAUCGACCUCACGCUUUCAACUAUGGGACGGCUUCGGGGAGUUCGGCCUGGACUUCCUUGAACGUCUGGGGUAGUGGUUCCAGUCCCUCCAGGCGAGAUGAUAUGGAGUCUGCUGGGUACGUGUUUGUCGUAAGUGAUCCUUGCCUUCUGCCAAGGCUGCAACGAUGGCUGACCUCCCGACGUUCAUCAUUGCAGUAUUGUUUGACGGGGAGCUUGCCGUGGUUGGGUCCCCUUUGGAGUGAUUCGGACCAAUGGAGUGAUUGCACUCGCCUUCGGGAGAUACAUCAAUUGAUCUCCAGCGGAAUCAGAGCAUAAGAUCAGUCUCAAGGAUCUUUGCAAAGGCUUGCCUGCAGAGUUCAAGACCUAUCUCAGCUACUGCCGAAGCCUCGAGUAUACCGACAAACCAGACUAUGCCUAUUGCAGAAGACUCUUCCGGGACGUCUUUGUCAGGGAGGGGUACGAGGAGGAUGAUGUCUAUGACUGGAUGUCGGGUUCCCCUCCCUCGAACAGGGAAUGAAUCACACUCAGAGCGAGACAGGCCAAGAUCGAACGAUGGAGAGGUGGAAUGCAAGAAGACAAGACGAAGAAGAGGAAGAGGAGGCGAUUGACGACGGGGACGUUGCCGAUGCUGUACAUACUCGAGUAGUUGAAAGUGACGGUGUUGUUCCAAAGGCCCAGCACGAGGAUGAAACUGAGUGGUCAAAUCGUCAAAGCAGGAACGUAAGCCAGGAUGGUCUUGGAGUCUUGAUUGGAGAACGCUAUGUUUGCUAGUAGCGGCAAUGAAGUCGAUGCCUUUGGCGUCAGCGAGAAGUCAAAGGGGUACUUGGCCUUCCGAACUUCUAGUGUCUGGUGUGUCGGGAGACAUGGCGUGGGUCUGAAAGAGAGGAAGAGCGCAUCGCAUCGUUUGAGUCACUCAACUUCGUCAGCUCAGACAACUGCCUGAAUUCGAGACAUUGAGCUAUGUAUAGCUGUACAAGUGCAGCCACUGUUGGGAUGUACGGCGGCCCCUGCUC